AGAGAAAUCUCUCGAACUUUCCUUGUACAUAACUUUUUUUUUCAUCUCCAGAUAUUUUCAUCUCUCCCCUACCGUCCACACGCCAAUCGUUUGAAAAACCAUCGCAACUCUGGCCCUCGCUCUACUACUUCUUCUUCCUCCUCUUCUCUGCUUUUGAAGCUCGCCGUGCUAUGCUGGUCUGAAACUCGUUUUACUGCUCUCUCUGGUGGUCGUCUCCCGAGGUUCUGCGGCUUCUCUUUGUUCUGAUUCCGGUUUUCUAUGGAUCGGGGAGGAGGAUCCGACGGCGGAUCUUGCUACUACACCAUCCUCGGGAUUCGUAAGGAUGCCUCCUUCUCUGAUAUCCGUACUGCGUAUCGCAAGCUCGCUCUGAAAUGGCAUCCGGACCGGUGGACGCGGGAUCCGGCGGUGGCCGGAGAAGCCAAGCGGCAAUUUCAGUUAGUACAAGAAGCGUAUUCAGUUCUUUCCGAUCAGGCCAAGAGGUCCGUGUACGACGCCGGUCUUUACGAUCCCACGGAAGAAGACGAUGAGGAAUUUUGCGACUUCAUGCAAGAGAUGAUCACAAUGAUGAACAGCGUCAAACCGGAGGGUGACAGCUUCGAGGACCUACAGAGGAUGUUUAUGGAAAUGGUCGGUUCAGAUGGCAUGGGAGGGCUAAGCGCGACCGACAAUCCAACGACCACGAAGAGGCCACGUCCGAACGGUUCCAGAUGUAGCGCGGCCAAGCGCAACGCCUCGCGCUGCUAAAUCAAAACGUCCCGUCAGCGUAAGAUUUCUUCCGUUCCGUUGUAAUUUGUGACAAUGACGAAAAUAUCCCUGGUUGACGUGGAAAGAUGUGAUUGGGCGGUGGGGAAUUUGCUGGGCUAUUUAUCCCAUUUUGGGCAUUGAAGGUGACCUGUUAGUUUGCGUAAUUUAGUUCAAGUUGGAGGGGUUUUACGGAUUUUCCUUGCUGGGGAAUCUUUGGCUACUCUUUUUCCUUUAUAAAUAAUAAUUAUAAGAUCAUCUCGUAGCUUCCCUCA